GCCCUGCUGUUGUCAGGGGCGACGGUGGGCUCAGGCGGGGCACGGAGACGUGGCAGUUGGGCCGGAGCAGCUUCAGCGGUGGUAGCACAGCCUUGUCUAUCCACAAUGAACCGUCCUGCCGCCUUACUCCUCUUUUUGUUGGCUUGCUCUGCCGUCUUUAAUCAGGUUGACGCCGACACCAAAGAAGAAGUGAAGAUAGAGGUUGUGUACAGGCCGGACGACUGCCAUCGGAAGAGCAGGCGUGGAGACGCGCUCAAUGCUCACUACGAUGGCUACCUCGCCGAGGACGGCUCGCAGUUUUAUUGCAGUCGUGAAGACAAUGAAGGUCAUCCUAAGUGGUUUCUGCUUGGUGUGGGGCAAGUAAUAAAAGGAUUAGACAUUGGUAUGGCUGAUAUGUGUGAAGGAGAGAAAAGAAAAUUAAUUAUACCACCUUCACUGGCAUAUGGAAUAAUUGGCAAAGGUAAAGUACCCCCAAAUGCAACUCUGAUAUUUGAAGUUGAACUCUAUUCAGUGAGAAAUGGACCACGAAGUGUGGAGGCGUUUAAUGUCAUUGACUUGGAUGGUGACCGUCUGCUUUCUCUAGAUGAGUUAAGGUCAUAUGUGUACGAAGAGUUUAAGAGAGAUAACAGGAUCCAAGAUCCUACAUAUAAAGAUAAAGUCCUCGAUGAUAUUCUUCGAAAGAAUGAUCAAGAUGGUGAUGGGUACAUUUCUGCCAGGGAAUAUAAUGUAUUCCAGCAUGAUGAACUUUAAAUUUGUGCUGUAAAAUUAAAUUUCUACUAAAGUGAAGUGCAGUGUUUUUUAUUUUAUUUUGCAUCUUCACGAAUGUUUAACUGAUAUGUUCUGUGGUACUGCAACAGGAAAAACACUUAAUGCAAAUCAUUAUCCUUUGAUACCUAAAAUGUUUCCUAAGCAUGAUGUAGAUAUUCGCAAAAAAAAUAGUAGAACUGAAUAACUGCUGUUUAGAAUUCAAAUGACAUUGUACUGUUUUGAUCACUCAAAUAAAUAUUUCGAAAGAAUGAACUGUAAUCGCU